AUGCCACCCAGACCUCUCAGACUCAUUCGACUCCCCCAGGCGCGCUAUGCCUCCAGCAACUCCCAACCCAAACCCCUCGCAGGCAUCACAGUCGUCAGCCUGGAACAAGCCAUCGCAGCACCCUUCUGCACGCGCCAGCUCGCCGACCUCGGCGCGCGCGUCAUCAAAAUUGAGCGCCCGAAAGUCGGCGACUUUGCGCGCAAUUACGACACACGCGUCAACGGGCUCGCCUCGCACUUCGUCUGGACCAACCGCUCCAAAGAGAGUCUUGCCCUAGACCUCAAAAACCCGCGCCACCACGCCGUCCUCACCCGCCUCCUGCAAAAGACCGACGUCCUCGUGCAGAACCUCGCCCCCGGCGCCGCCGCCCGCCUGGGCCUCUCCCAUGCUACCCUUAAAGCGCAGCACCCCUCCCUCAUCGUCUGCAACAUCUCCGGCUACGGGCCCGACGGGCCCUACCGCGACAAGAAAGCCUACGACCUGCUCAUCCAAAGCGAAGCCGGCAUGCUCUCUGUGACCGGAACGGGCACUGAGCCCGCCAAGGUAGGCAUCUCCAUCGCGGACAUCUCCGCCGGCAGCUACGCCUAUUCCAACAUUCUAGCGGCGCUGCUCCAGCGCGCGUCGGACCCCACCCGCUCUGGCCGCAAUAUCGACAUCUCCAUGUUGGAGAGCAUGGUCGAGUGGAUGUCUUUUCCCAUGUAUUAUGCCUACGGCGGCGCGGGAGGGCCCGUUCCUGCUGGCGCGUCCCACGCGGCGAUCUACCCCUACGGCCCGUUUGCGACGGGCGACGGCAAGACUGUUAUGUUGGGGAUUCAGAACGAGCGGGAGUGGGCGGCAUUCUGUGAGCGCGUGCUGGUAAGGCCGGAGCUGGUGGCUGAUGAGCGUUUUGGCGAUAAUUCGCGGAGGUCGAAGAACCGUGAGGCGCUGAGGGAGGUUAUCGUUGAGGCGUUUUCGUCGCUGUCGGCGGAGCAGGUCAUUGAGCGUCUGGAUAAGGCGUCUAUUGCGAAUGCUAGCGUUAAUGAUAUGCAGGGGGUUUGGGACCAUCCUCAGCUUAGGGCACGAGGUCGGUGGACGGAGGUUGAUACGCCUAAGGGGAGGGUGCCGGCUUUGUUGCCGCCGGGGAUGGAUGAGGGUGAUGCGCAGAUGGAGGCCGUGCCGGAUGUGGGGGCGCAUAAUAGAGCGAUUUUAGAAGAGUUGGGGAUUGAUGAGGAUAUCUAG